AGGACGUGUUCCUCAUGAUCAGGCCCCACAAGACCACCAUCUUCGCGUACGCCAAGGAGUCGAGCACCUUGUUCGAGCUGAAGCGCAUUGUCAAGGGCAUCUUCAAGUGGCCGUCCGACGAGCAGCCGCUGUACAAGGAUGACCAACUUCUGGAUGAUGGCCAGACACUGGGAGAGUGCGGCUUCACCAGUCAGAUGGCACGGCCGCAGGCCCCAGCCACCGUGGGGCUGGCCUUCCGGGCAGAUGAAGCUUUGGAGGCCCUGCACAUCGAGCCCUUCUCCAGUCCACCCGAGCUGCCCCGAUGUAAUGAAGCCACAGGACUCAGGAAGCAGCGCCAAUGAACAAGCUGUGCAGUG